AUUCAUUUCCAAACUGAAGCACGUUCCUGCAAACACGACAAACAUGUCUUCCUUGAAGGAAAUCGUUGGAAUGUAUCAGAAUUUGAAGCGUGAAUUUGAUCGCAAACCACCAAAUCUUGAUAGAUGUGGCGAAUUUUUAGCAAAGCUGAAGAUUGCACUCACUAGUGUGACGUUUUUGCCUACAGAUGAAUCAAAUCCAUCAAAACAAGAACUUCUUAUUGCUCGUGAUAUUCUUGAAAUUGGUGCACAAUGGGCGAUCGCUAAAAGAGACAUUCCAUCGUUCGAGCGCUACAUGGCACAGCUGAAGUGUUACUACAUGGAUUACAAAGACAAUUUGCCAGAGUCUACUUACAAAUACCAGUUGCUGGGCCUCAACCUGCUCUGUCUACUUUCUCAAAACAGAUUAGCAGAAUUUCACACAGAACUUGAGUUAUUACCAGUGAAGGAAAUCCAGACAAAUAUAUACAUCAAACACCCGGUGUCCAUGGAGCAGUACCUCAUGGAAGGCAGUUAUAACAAGGUAUUCUUAGCAAGAGGAAAUGUUCCAGCUGAAAACUACAACUUCUUCAUAGAUAUAUUACUGAAUACAAUUAGGGAUGAAAUCGCUGGAUGCAUUGAGAAGGCAUAUGAGAGGAUUGCACUGACUGAGGCUGGUCGCAUGUUGUUCUUUGAGUCACAAAAACCCAUGAAGGAGUAUGCCACACAGCGUAAGUGGACUGUUGGACCAGACAACUUUUUCAGUUUUACUCAUGACACGAAAGACACAGAUGAAGUUAUUCCUGCAAAAUUACUAGCUGAACAGACGAUAGAAUAUGCCAGGGAGUUAGAAAUGAUUGUCUAAUGAAAGCACCAACAUCUAUAUCUUGAUCUGACUUUGUGUGCAAGUGCCAGGUUCACCACUCAUCAGCUUGUCACGGAGUUACCUCCACUUUGAUGCAGGAGUGAUCUCCCUUGCCAGCUGGGCCAUCCAAGUAGACAUUCAGUUGCUGCAUAUCAUCAUGUACAGAAGUGCUGCUUGAGGCAGAGUACCUGCUCAACAUGCCCCAGCACUGUUCAAUUUCAUGUUAUGGACUAAGCCACAAUGGUUUGUUUUCAAGUCAGUGCUAAUCAACUGACAUUUUAAAAGAAUUAACGUCUUUGGUCUGUUAUAGUACUGGAUUCAUAAUUCAUCCAGAUAAAGGAAAAGGAAAUGUUUUUUUAUCACGGUGAAGAAGCUAUGUUUAUCUUUUGCUAAAUGAUACUAUGUAAUAUUUUGUUUGUAAUGGAAAUGGAUAAUAAACCCAUUGAAACUGUU